UAUCGAUCAUAAGAAUGGAGAAUCGAACUCUGGAAAUCACAAUUCAAAAUGCCAAGGAUUUGAAAAAAGUCAACCUUAUUACGAAGAUGGAUGCGUACGUCGUCGUUUCCAUCUCCGGCGGGGAUAAAAAGUGGAGGCAGAGGACCAAAACUCCGGUUGAUCACGACGGCGACGCUAAUCCGACGUGGAAUUUUCCGAUGAAGUUCACGGUGGAGGAGGCGGCGCUGCAGCAGAACCGCCUCAUAAUCGAUUUCAAUCUCGUAUGCCAGAGGGCUUUAGGAGACAAAGACAUUGGCGAAGUCCACGUGCCGAUUAAGGAGCUCCUCGAUACUCCGGCGAAGGGCGGCGCCGCCGCCGCGGGGAAGAGAUUCGUGAGCUACCAAGUGAAGAAACCCAGUGGGAAGCCCAAAGGCCAGCUUUCAUUUUCGUACAAAUUCAGCGAAGAAACCACCACCUCUGCUCCGCCUGCUUCGCCACCGCCGUCGCCGCCGCCGCCGGCGGAGAUGGUGUUGGGAGAAUCCGUGUCGUCGGCGUACCCAGCGGUGGGUCCCGGUUUGGAAUACUCUCCGAUGGCAGGAUGGUACCCGCCGGAUUCAUCGUGCCCGACGACGACGGUGGCGGCGGAUGGAGGUGGCGGAUAUUAUCCACCACCAGUAGGAUAUGCGCCGGAUAGUGAUCCAACACCAGGGGGCUUUCCUCCGCCGCCUGUUUACGGCUACGCUCCCCCACCGCCUGGUUACGGGUAUACACCGCCGCCUGUUUACGGCUACGCUCCCCCACCGCCUGGUUAUGGGUAUGAUCCACCGCCGCCUGUUUACGGCUACACUCCUCCACCGCCUGGUUAUGGGUAUGAUCCACCGCCGCCGCCGUCGAUGCCUGAUUAUGGGUAUACCCCACAGCCGGGGUAUGGUUAUCCGCCGCAGCCAGGUUAUGGGAAUCCCCACACAGUCCGGUUAUAAAGGCUAUCCGCCGCCGCCGGUGCAGAAAAAUAAUAUUGGUAUGGUUCUUGAUCAGAGAUAUGAUUUCCGACGGUUGUUUGUGGUGGUGAUUUCAACUGUUGAUAGAACUACAU